GAAAGUUAUCUGACUUAGUCGUCACCAUCGACUCUAUUACCGUAACAUUGGAACCAGAUCCUGUGGGUCGUCACAUCGCUAAAUCAAAGUGGUCGAAUCGUGCAUGAAGGAUAUCUUUCCAGAAGAAGACUUUAUUUUACGCCCUACGAUAUGCUAUUCAUAUGCAAAGAGUUCACUAAGUGUGACAACGACGUUAUCGGUCUCGACCCAGAGAUAGAACAUCUUGAACAUACCGUGCCGCAUUCGACUAAUCAUGGGUUGAGUAGGGGAACGGGCCUGCUCAAUGUUUUUUCACUUCGUAGUCUCAGCUUCCAGUCAGAUGCUUUGAACGCUAUAUUGGGUAUUUUGAAAUUCCUUCGCACCGAGAACGACCCGAUAGGCAGUUUCUGGGGUGUUCCGUUUGGAAGAAGCUCACGCUGCAACAGAGCGACUGACUUUCGUCUGUGCCUCUAUUGGAGGACUUCGGGAUCGAGCGCUAGACGGCGUUACGGCUUCCCAAGUUGGUCGCCCCUGGCGUGGGAAAGAACUGGGAUAACAUUCAACCAAAACCAGUAUCCGCUAUCGGCGACGAGCCUACCGGCAUUCUGGGAACUAUGUGAUCGUCAGUACAAUAAUACAAGAGGUUCGGAAGUAUCACAAGACCUCUUUCUGACAGCGUACAUUGUCCAACUACCUGUAGAACAUGAAGGAGAAUACGAGGGGCGCAGGCACUUGCUCAUUCUUCCCUUCACGUACCUUAAGUGGGAAUCGAAGAUGUGUUGGGCUAUACGUUGGGAUGAUCCGGAGGCCGAAGCCGAGGAGGUGUCAUCAGUGAUGUGUGUCUUCACCGUCGACAGGUACUCGACUAGAAUAUGUUUCACUUUCAUUCUCGUUGAACCAUGUGGAGAGAAAUACAUGCGAAAGGGGACCUGCGAGUGCGAGGUUAGGACAUGUCAGUCAGCGGAAGUAGAGAGGUGGUUGGGAAAUCAGGUCAAGCAAAACAUUGUUCUAGUAUGAGCCUUGCCUGAUGCUAGCGUUUAUCCGAGACUGUGGGGCCCGAGUGAUGCAUGUUGCGAAUGGUAAGGGUGAACGAAAGAGGAGUUAGGAUGCAAGUCUUGAUGCUGAUUCAAACCCAUAUAUUGAAUGGUUGAUAGAAGAUUAUAUGUGAUAUGUAAAUGUUGGUAUAGUGACCGCGGUCAAAUCAGAAUAACACUCACUUGCGUAUCAAAGAGCGAGACGUUAAGCUAUCCUUAUACACAACGCGAAUUCCAUGAGUGUGCUUCUCCCUUACGAGAGAAAUUCCUCCAGCCACAUAUCAGAUUUCUGCUUCGCGAUGGUGGGCUCGGCUUAACCUCAGUCUCGCGAAAAAGAUCCGAUCUUUUC